AUGGGGAUCACCAAACUGGCAGAUUUGAUCCGUUUUGAUGCUCCCGGUGCUAUUUCUCACAAGGACAUCAGUGACUACACAGGAAAAGUGAUUGCUCUGGAUACCUCGAUUGUUGUGAACCAGUUCCGCGCAGCGACACCUUUACUAAGCCCCUUGUUAGGUGUCUUCUUUCGCACGCUCACCUUCCUAGAACAUGACAUAAAGCCGGUCUUUGUGUUUGAUGGAAAGCCUCCGGGGGAGAAGACAGCUGUUCUUAAGAAACGAGCUGAAGCAGCAGGUUGGGGCACUCCGAGCUGCUCAGGCACAGCAUCAUCCCAAACCAAAGACUGUCUCCAGCUCCUGAAGCUUCUGGGUGUACCCGUCAUCCAGGCUCCAGCGGACGCUGAGGCUCUGUGCGCCUGGCUGGUGCGAGAGGGGACUGCGGACGCUGUGGCAUCAGAGGACAUGGACACACUCCCAUUUGGAGCCAGUAUUCUUAUUCGCCAGCUGAAUGCCAAGAAGCAAAGUGAAGUUGUUGAAUAUUCUUUAUCCAAGCUUUUGGACAAACUCCAAAUCACUCACAAGGAGUUUGUUGACCUGUGUAUUUUGCUGGGCUGUGACUAUUGUGACAAGAUAGCCGGUUUGGGUCCAAAGAGAGCUCUGACACUGAUCCAGAAGCACCGUACUAUUGACAAUGUGGUUUUGCAUAUCAACAGAGAGACCCAUCCUGUGCCACAUUUCUGGAAGUACAAAGAAGCACGGAAGUUAUUCUUGGAUGAACCACAAAUCGAAGCUCCUAAACUAAUCUGGACUGAGCCUGAUGAAGAAGCCUUGGUUCAAUUCUUCCGUUGCAACAGACGUGCCAAGGAGGACAGGGUCCGUCGACGGAUGGAGAGGUUCCGUCAGAUGCGGGAAUCUAAGCGAGAGGAGAGGGAAAAGGAGAAGGCAGCGGGACAUAGCAGGCAGACUCGCAUGGACGACUUCUUCAGAGUUACUAGAAAGAGGGAGCAGCCUGUGGAAGUGGCAGACUCUUCAAACAGCAACAGAAAGAGACCGAAGUCAAAAUAAGCCCGCCAACAUCUGCUGCUCAUUGUCUCCGAGGUCAAAGUUGGAUGGAAGUUGUUUUCAUCUAUGUCUGCCUGUACAA